AAAACGAUUUUUUGAACAUAAAGAGCGAAGUUACUAAAAUUUGCCAUUAUCUGCUCCCAUAGUAUGGAUGAAGAACUUAGUAUUUUUCAACCAGAAUUCAAAUACGAAUCAGUUUCAGUUUGUAAAUGUUUGAUUGAAAGUCUUUCAAACGAACAAAUUGUAAUACCGGCACGUAAGCUACAGAUUCUAAGUUCUGUAACAAGAACAGAAAACUAUUUAAAAGAACGUCGCAUACCUGAACUCAUACGCUUUUUACUAACUAAAGUAAUAACUGAAGCACCAAAUAAACCGAUGGAUUAUUUAGAAAAAUUACUAGACGACUGCAUGUUGUUUCGAGCUGGACAUGGACCAGCACCAGUUUUAUAUGAAAGAAGACACCUAGAAGCUGUUGUUAAAAGUUUUGAUCCAGGACAACGGGGCUGGCUUAGUGCUGGGCAAAUACGUCGAGUUUAUAUUACUUUGGACCUUACUCCUCCUGAACUUUUUGAUGAGAAGACUUUUUGUGAAACAAUAUUAAACGACUUAGAGAAGACUCAAGAAAUGGAAUUAUUUACUUUAUUAUCAGCAGGUGCCAAUAAAUCGCCGAUUGUUAGAAACGUGGUUCCAUAUCAGCCUCAUCAUGAAGCUCUCGCCGAUAGGCUGGUUCUCUUCGUGAUAGAUGGUCUGAGAGCAGAGUCUUUCGUUAAUUAUAGUACUAUGACCUAUCUAAGAGAAAUUGCAAAUUCACAUGGAAGAUGGGGCAUAUCUCAUACAAGGAUGCCCACCGAAUCAAGACCUGGGCAUGUGGCCGUCAUAGCAGGCUUUUAUGAAGACCCCUCAGCUAUAGUCAAGGGCUGGAAGGAAAAUCCUGUUGAUUUUGACUCAGUAUUCAAUCAAACAGCUUACACAUGGUGUUGGGGCACAUAUGAUAUUCUAGAAAUAUUCACCAAAGGAACAGUUGAUAGUCAUAUACACAUAAACAAAAUGGAUCCAUAUGACCAAACCUUCAGUGCAGAUAAAAACACAACUCUCUUGGACAAUUGGGUAUUUGAGAAAGUUAGAAUUUUCUUUCAAAAUGCUCGAUCUGAUAAAGUUCUUUAUAAGAAGUUACAUCAAAAGAAAAUCAUGUUUUUUUUACAUUUAUUAGGCACUGAUACAUCAGGUCAUACUCACAAGCCAAAGUCACUCAACUUUUUAACCACAGUCAAAUUUGUUGAUGAAAAUAUAAAGGAAGUAGAAAAAUUGAUAAGGGAGUUUUAUCAUAAUGAUGAAAGAACAACAUUUUUGAUGACUUCAGAUCAUGGCAUGACAGACUGGGGUUCUCAUGGUGCUGGAUUGGAUCAUGAAACCCAAACUCCAUAUGUAAUCUGGGGAGCAGGAGUCGAACAAGUAGAACAGGGUCAACUUGAUUUGGAACUUGAUUCAGAAACAAAUGGAAUGUCUUUGAAGCAUAGGGUGGAUAUUAAUCAAGCUGAUUUGGCACCACUUAUGUCUACUAUUCUUUCAAUACCAGUUCCUGUUAAUUCUGUAGGACAGUUACCAUCACAUUUAUUAAAUAUGUCAUUAGCCAAUAGAGCAAAAGCCAUUUAUAGUAAUAGCAGACAACUGGCAUCACAAUAUAAUACACAGAGAUUAAGCAUAGAGAGCAAUGUAAUACAAAAAAUAUACAAACCUUACAAGAAAUUCAACCAUAAAAAGUACCAGGAAGUAAUUGAAUUUACUGAAAAAAUGCUUACUAAUGAAACCCAAGACAAUGAAGAUUAUGAAAAACUGAUACUUUUGAGUACAGAAGUGAUGCAUUUAAGUUUAUCUGGCUUGAAUUAUUAUCAUAAUUAUUAUCAGAAACCACUUCUGGUUCUAGUCACCUUGUCAUUUAUAGGAUGGAUUGGAUGUCUAUUAAAAUCUUUAACAGAACAAAGAAUUAAUAGUCAAGUAGAUGCAUCAAGUAUACAGAACAAUAGUUUCAGUAUUAUUAGAAACAACUUUACAAUUAAUAUAUUAAAUGCAGUAUUCUUAUGUUUAUUAAUUGUAUCUAUAUCUCUAUUAUAUGUGCAGAAUUUACCACAUCAGUAUUACAUCUAUGUUUUGAUGCCUAUUUAUUUGUGGUGGAAUACUCUGUCCUCUUUCAAAAUAUGGAUAUUGUUAUUAAAAAAAAUAUACAGAGAAAGGAAAAUAUGUACAUUUUUGUCAGAAAUUCUAUUUUACAUACUAGGAUCAAUAGCUAUGGGAAUAUCUUUUACUUAUAGGUGGAUGCUAAGUAUACCAAUAUUGAGUAUGGGUUUAUGGCCUUACUUGAGUUCAAUAAAAGUUUAUUCAACAAAGUUGGUAUUAUUUUCAUGGACCAGCAGUUGUAUACUGCUUAGCAUUUUUGCAUUUAUGCCUACAGUUGGUAAAGAUACAUUUAUAGAACUGGUCCUUUUAGCAGGAAGUAUUUGGUCAUUCGUGGUUGCUAUAUAUAUAUGGAAAUUCUUAAUUCCACUUUAUCGAGCUAACCAUAUAAGACGCAAAGACAUAGUAUUGACUGUUUUACAGCUAGUAUUAUUAAUUUUAUCACUCCAAAAUAUUCUUGUGCAAUCUAAAAGAUUUGAAAAUGGAACAGCAGUGUCCCAAACGCAUCAAGCUUUAGCGUGGAUUAUUGCAGCCACUUCGGUAGUGAUGCCAUUGAUUUUUUCAAGGAAAUUAAUUUGUCGUUUAAUGGCCAUUAAUACAUCAAUUUUAAAUUUCUACUUAUUGUUGUCUGUAUCACACGAGGGUCUGUUCAUGGUUGCACUGAUAUUCAAUAUGACUUGUUGGAUUUGUAUUGAAUUUAAACUGAUGCACUUAAAAAAUGUGAAGAUGACUGAAUGCACCUUUGGCAAUAUAGAGACAUCGAGUAAUUUAAUUACAAUAGAACGCAGUAUUAGUAAUCAAGACUUUAGAAGAGCUUUCUACUUUACUGUAUACAUUAUUUUAGCAUUUUUUGGUACAGGCAAUAUAGCAUCAUUAAAUUCAUUUGAAAUCAGAUGGGUAACAUGUUUUAUAACAUCAUUCAAACCAUUUAUAAUAACAGGACUUAUACUACUAAAAACAUUGUCCCCAUUUUUAAUAGUGGCAUGCAGUUUUAGAGCUAUUCAACUUUUAACGAAGGCCCCUACUGGCUAUCUUGUCAUAAUAGUAUUGAUUUAUUCCAACAUAAUGGGAAUACUCUUACUCUACAAUGUUAAGAAUACAGGUAGCUGGCUUGAUAUUGGCAUGUCAAUAUCACAAUUUGUUAUUGUCCAAGUAAUUACAUUAUUCAUUGUAUUAAUUCAUCAAUUAGCCAAAUUAUUGACUGAUAUAAAUAUUUAUGUUAUUGUUAAUAAGUUAUUUGGUAAAAGUAUAAAAAAAUAUGUUUAGAGAAACAAAUGUUUUAUUUAGUAAAUAAUAUGAUUUUUUAUCCAGUGUGGCAAAAAAAACCAACAGG